AUGGCUGACAUUGUUACAGAACAGUGGAUUCAAAUUCAGGGCCUUGAGCAGGCUCUUCAUAUUACACAAAUACAUCAUUUGCAGAAGAUCCAUCAUUUGCAGUCUGUUUUGUUCACUCUUAAGAGAGACCCAUUGGCUACUUAUGAGAGGCUUAAUGCUCUAGAAGAAGAGGUACGGCUUCUGUGGGCUGCAUCAAGAAAGUACAACUUCGACCUUCAUAUUUUAGAGUCUAAAGCACAAGAUGCCGAGGACAGACUCGAAAUGGUUGCCUCUCAGGCUCAAAAGGUCAUGCACUGA